GCUCUGCUCCGCAGCUCCGCUCCGCCUCCUUUUUAUGCGCCGCUCCUCCGCAAAACCCCUCCUCCCCCGCACGGCCGCACCCACCAGUCUCCCUCGCCCCUCCGCCACCACCUCUCCAAAUCUCGCCCAUCUCGAACCACAGCGCGCGGAGGGCCGCGUACAGGAGAAGAGGGGGGUAUGGAGCCCGCCGAGCGAAUCGAGUCCGGUACGGCGCUGGGGAAGCGGCCGAGGAGCAGGGCGCUGCCGCGGACGCCCAGCAUGGUGACGGUGCCGUCGGCGGCGAAGCAGGGGCGCCAGGAGCGGCGCGCCGCCUCGCUGCCGGCUGCCGGCACUGGGACGGGAGCCGCUGGCGCCAUGCCGGUGGGUUACUGUUACUACUACGGCGGCUCAUUCGCCGCGGUGGAGACGGCGGCCUUCUUGAAGGCGUGCGGCCGAUGCAGCCGCCGCCUCGGGCCCGGCCACGACACCUUCAUCUACAGGGGCGAGGUGGCGUUCUGCAGCCAGGAGUGCCGGGAGAAGCGGAUCGAGUACGACGAGCGCAUGGAGAAGACCUGCUGCUCACUGACCUCCAUCAAGGAGGCCCCGUCCGUGUCCGGCGCCAGCGGCUCCGACCAGUCCGGCAGCGGCGGGGAGACCGUGGCCGCCGCCUAGCCGGGGUGGCCUUGGAGGUGCAGUGCAGCGACGCCGGAUGGAUCGAUCGGCCCGGUAGUUUCUGCCAUGCCAGAGCGUCUGUGCAUAGUACAGCUCUGGCUCUGGGUUCCGGCAGUGAUGAAUGCGUCAGUGAUUUUAUUAUCAGGUGAUUGAUGCAUGUAACUCUGGAAACAUGGCGUUCUAUUCUAUGUCGAAACAAAAG